UCCAUAAAGAGUGACAGAAACGUAAAAUUGCAUAUAAUAACAAGACUCUUUAAAGAUCAAACAGAAGUAGAGGGAAAGAAGACGUUUACUACACAAAUCUAAAGUAAGGAGACACGAGGUGGGUCCUAAAGUUAGUUGCUUUCAAAGCUCUCAUCUUUGCUUCUUCCCCAUCCUCUCAUUCUCCUCUUUUUAUAUUAAUAGAAGCAAUACUUUUUUGGCCAUACCAUUUCCCAAAAAGAUUAGACUAGUCGUCUUUAUACAUCCCACAGACCCACACCAAACCAGUCUCUCUGCACUCUUCUUUCUUUUUUUAUUUUAUCAUUUAACACAAAACUCCAAAAGACAAAACAAAAAUGUUGUCGAAGCUUCCUCAAAAACAACACUUGCACCUCUCACCGUCCUCCUCCGCCAUGGAAAUGGCCCGGCGUCCACGUGGCAGACCUCCUGGUUCGAAAAACAAACCAAAAGCACCAAUCUUUGUCACCCAUGUGUCCUCCGAGCCUCCUAUGAGCCCUUACAUCCUCCAAGUACCCUCUGGAGUCGACGUCGUUGAAGCCAUAGACCGUUUCUGCCGCCGUAAAGGCAUCGGCUUUUGCGUCCUCAGUGCCUCAGGCUCCGUCGCUAACGUCACUCUACGUCAGCCUUCUCCGGCAGCUCCUGGCUCAACCAUUACUUUCCACGGGAAGUUUGAUCUCCUCUCCGUUUCCGCCACUUACUUUCCUCCGCCGCCUCAUUCCUCCUUGUCACCUCCUGUCUCUAAUUUCUUCACCGUAUCUCUCGCCGGACCUCAGGGGCAGAUCAUUGGUGGAUUUGUUGCUGGUCCCCUCGUUUCCUCUGGAGCUGUCUACGUCGUCGCCGCUAGUUUCAGUAACCCCUCCUAUCACCGGAUACCUGCGGCGGAGGAAGAGCAAAAAAUCUCGGUCUCGGGGGAAGGGGAGGGCCAAUCACCGCCGGUCUCUGGACACGUGACGGCGGGAAGUGGAGGAGAGUCGAUGUACAGUGGCCACUUGGGUGGCUCUGAUGUUAUAUGGGCCACCAACGCCAAAGCUCCUCCGCCGUACUGACCAAAGCGAUCUCUUUUCCAACUAGGGUUUCUUCUUCUUUUGCUCAUCAAGAAUCAACCAAAGUAGUUUUUACUCUUUGUUAGGCUUUUAUAUCAAGCUUUCAAUCUCUCAGUCUCUCACAUUUGUUGUGUCAAGCUUUACAUAUUAUAAUCUGAUUUGACUGCUUUAUAUGCU